CUUGAAUGUCGAGUUGAAUCAUGCUUGAUGGUGGUAUGGCUAUGUCAUUUUGUGCAUUGAAUUGCCCAGCAGGUGUUCGACGAAAUGCCAAUGAGAGCAUUUUUCGGUUUAGAAGGAGAUUAAACCUGUAUUUAUCUGUACAGAUCUUCUCUGUUAUUCAAACUGAUGAGAAUGACAACUUAGCAGCAUCCAAGAAGAUGUCGAGUUCAGGAAAAUCUCUGUCGAAAACUCGAACUCUUAAGCCCCUUCUUGUCCAGCCAAAUACUGUGGGUGUCAUAGGGGGAGUGUCGGUUUUUUCCACUCUACUUUUCAUGGAAAAGCUCGUUUGGUGGAGUAGGAAGGAUGGAGAAGAGAGCAUACCUUUUGUUGUCUGCAGCGAUCCAGUAUUAGACAAGGGAAUUCCUCAUAGUGAUGCCAUGAUCAUCGAGAAUUUGAAGCAGAAAACGGCGUUUCUCGAGCAGUCGGGAGCUCGAUGCCUAAUUACACCUUGCCAUCUUUCACAUAGGUGGCUUGGUGACACAUCUGAGAGCUGCAAAUUACCUUUCCUUCACGUCGGAGAUUGUGUAGCUAGGGAGCUUAAUGAGGCUAAGCUUAAGCAACUUGAAGCAGGUAGCAAUGUCCGGAUUGGCCUGCUUGCAACUGAUACAUCAACAUUAACUGGUUUUUACCACGAGAGGCUACAAAAGCAGGGCUUCGAUGUCGUCGUGCCGGACGAGGCAACCAUGGAGCAUAUAGUAAUUUCUGCAGUGGAAGCUUUCCAUAAAAGGGAUCACGAAGGAGCAAGAAAUCUGUUGAGAAUUGCUGUUCAUGUUCUAUUGACAAGGGCUGUGAAUAUGGUAAUCCUUGCUUCUGAUGAACUCCUUAAUCUUCUUCCUCCAGAUGACCCCAUUCUGGAAAAAUGCAUUGACCCCAUGGAUGCGUUGGCCAAAGCAGCCAUUAAAUGGUCAAGAUCUGCGGGACAUCUCCAUGAGAAAGCUUAGCUCACAAGCUAUAUACUUUACGUGUGUUAGGAAU